UAUCUCUAGAGGAAGUAAGUAUUAAAAUGACUCAUGAAACCAAGCCUUUCAUGCAUGUACAAACUCUACAGUCUUGUCGAAGCAACAACCAGAUUGCUGUUGUCCAGUAAAUCAGUAACCAAGGCCAAGAUGUGGUUAGUUACUGCUUUCCUCCUAAUGGCUAUAACACAGACACAUGCAGACUAUGCUUCUUUGCAAGCUGUUUUGUCACAGAAUGGACUGCAAAAAGUAUCUCACUGGAUGACUGACUGGCUUCAGAAAGAACUGAGUACAAUUACACUCCCAGAGGUCAGCGGCAGUGUUGAUAUUUUCUUGGGCUCGGUUUACUAUGUCCUGCAUGACAUGACUAUAAAUCGCUGCGAUUUGCCAGAACCCUCUGUAGCCUAUUCAGAGGGAACAGGUGUGUCUCUGCAAGUGAACGGACUCUCCCUUGUCAUCAGUGGUCACUGGAACACAAAGUUUGGUCUCAUUCAUGAUAGUGGUUGGUUUGAUCUGGCUAUAUUUGGCACCAAUCUGGAAACACUGUUGGGGUUUCAGAAGACUGAAGAUUACCUAUCCAUUUCCACUCUCACAUGUUUUGCUAAUGUGGGAGGAGUUGAAAUACAUUUCCAUGGAGGUGGAAGUUUCAUUUUCCAACCAUUUGUAGAUGAGUUUAGUGGAGAAAUUACAGAUAUGAUUCGAGAAAGGAUUUGUCCAGCAUUUCAGCAAGCAAUUGAAAAUGUCGACAGAGUUUUAGCUGCAUCUGAAACCAUAAAACUGGAUCCUUUUGUAUAUUUGAAUGUUUCUCUGACUGACUCGCCUGUUGUGUUUCAGAAUGGAUUUGAAUUAAAUGUAAAGGGUGAAUUUUACAGUGCCAGGUGUCCUUCUGAGCCACCGUUUUCUCCCAACCAUUUUGACCUGCAAUGGCAAGCAGACUACAUGAUGUCAGUCGGCAUUUCUGAGUUCUGUGUAAACUCAGCAGCAUUUGCUUAUUUUAAAUCUGGAGUAAUGAACAUCACUAUCACUGAUGGCAUGAUCCCCAAAGGUUCUCCCAUCCACCUGAACACAAGCCAGUUUGGAUCCCUGAUUCCUCAGCUCCCCAAGAAGUAUCCAGACAUGGAGAUGGAAAUAGUGCUAUAUGCAAGUGAUAAUCCCAAAAUUUCCUUUAAUCACACUGUGAUUAGUCUUGACGUUUCUGCUGCAGCCAAAUUUUAUGCAAUCGACACACACACUGGUUUAAUCCCCCUUUUCAGACUGGAUAUGCAAUAUUCUUUUACUGCUCAAGUCCAAAUCGACAAGCAGCUGCUGACGGGUUUUUUGAAAAUGAAAAAUAUGACCAUAGCGCUUGGAUCUUCAGAGAUUGGCAGUUUUAGUACUGAAGCAAUUGAGCGUAUUGGGAGAUUAGCAUUGAGCACCAUUGUGCUUCCAAAGCUGAAUGCCCAAUUGAAGGACGGCCUUCCAUUGCCGAGUGUGAAGGGUUUCAGCCUGACUAAUUCAGUGAUGACCGUCAAAAAUGGAUUUUUGAUUCUUGCAACAGAUAUCAAUCGUCCAGCUGACUUCCUGCAAUCAGACAAACUCUGACCCAUGAACAUAUAAAAAAAGAAAAGGAUGAAUUAGGCUUAUCUGUAAUCACAGUCAUGAGGAGAAAUGUUUGAUAGCUUUCCAUUAAUGUUGCAGACAAAUCAAACUGUCAUUUUUUUGUAUUAUUUCUUUUGUAAAUUUGUGGACUGAAUAAAAUAAUAAUAAUAACAA